AUGAAGAAUAAUAGAAUUCAGAAAGANAUUGAAAAAUCUAUUGAAACUUUGAAAGGAUUUGAAAAGAAAGAUAAAUAAAUUAUGGCAAGAAUAGCUACAAAUAUCUCAUUUUUGUAUUUCUUAGAAAAUGAUUAUAAACAGGCUGAAAAAUAUGCAGAAAUUGCAAUUACAUAUGAUAGAUAUAAUGCUAAAGCUUUAGUAAAUAGAGGUAAUUGUCUUUAUGUUAAAAAUGAAUUCUUAAGAGCUAAAGAAUAAUAUUUAGAAGCUAUUGGUGUAGAAGCUGAUUGUAUUGAAGCACUCUACAAUUUGGCAUAUGUCAAUAGGAAAUUGAAUAUGUUUGUUGAAUCUCUAUAAGCAUUAGAUAAACUUUAAACUAUUGUUUGUAUUCCUGAAGUAUUGUAUCAAAUGGCUACAUUAUAUGAAAUGACUGGUAAUUCUAAAUAAGCUAUGAAAUGGUACUUGGAAGUAAUGAAUAAAGUACCUAAUGAUCCCAAUAUAUUGGCUAGACUUGGUUCCUUAUUUGCAAGGGUAUAGAAAAUAAUAAAUGAUUUAUUAGGAAGAUGAUGAACCUUAGGCUUUGCAUUAUUUCUAAGAAUCAUAUAGAAUUCUACCUACUAACAUAGAAACAAUUUCAUGGUUAGGUGUGUAUUAUGUGAAAUAGGAAAUGUAUGAAAAGGCUAGUUUAUAUUUUGAAAGAGCUGCAUAAGUUUAAUCAAGAGAUGUUAAAUGGAAAUUGAUGGUUGCAAGUUGUUAUAGAAGAAUGGGACAUUUCUAAAAGGCUUUAGGGAAUUACUAAAAGAUAUAUUCAGAUUAUCCUGAUAAUAUUGAAUGUAUUAAUUUAUAUUUAUUCAUUUAGGUCUCAGAUUUUUAGUGUAGUUAUGUAGAGAAAUGGGAUUACCAUAUGAAGAAUAUGCUGGAUAAUUGAGAAAAUUAGAGAGAGAAAUGGAAAUGAUGGAUGGAUAUUAAGGUUAAGAUAUUAAUUUAAUUAAUAAUGAAGAGGAAUAGGUUAGAUUACCAUAAGGAGAUGAUAAUCCAGUUAGUUUUACAAAUAAUACUAGGUAAUUAUUAGUUCAUAUUAUUAUUAUAGACGUGGGAAUAAACAACCACCUCCUAAAGCAAAUGUUAGACAAAAUAUUGAUGAUGAAUAAUUCUAAGAUGGGGUAGAAGAUAACUUUUUACCUUGA